UUCGUAUUUUAGCGAUGGGUUUCUUGCACCGGGUUUAACACUCUAAUCGCUAGUGUCUUUUGGAGGCCGAAAAACACCGAUUGUUGUGCCCGUGCCGCGAUUUGCGAUUUUCCACCGUCACUCUUCUCUUCUCCGCCACCAUGAAGCUCGUUAGGUUUCUGAUGAAGUUGAACAACGAAACUGUCUCAAUCGAGUUAAAGAAUGGUACUAUUGUUCACGGCACCAUUACAGGUGUUGAUAUUAGUAUGAAUACACAUUUGAAAGCCGUUAAACUAACCCUAAAGGGGAAAAAUCCUGUUACUCUGGAUCAUCUCAGUGUGAGAGGCAACAACAUUCGUUAUUAUAUCCUUCCCGACAGCUUGAAUCUGGAAACUUUACUGGUUGAAGAGGCUCCUAGGGUCAAACCUAAGAAGCCAACUGCUGGGGGAAAGCCGUUGGGGCGAGGACGGGGGAGAGGACGUGGACGCGGUCGUGGUCGUGGCCGUUAAAUUGUGUAUCCAAAUUUUUGGAUUUCAUUGUAUCUGUAUUGUAGGGAAAUUUUCCGUGCGGUUUGAGACAUCAAUGGAUUGUUAAUUAGUUGUGUGGAGUGUUAAUGUUGUUAUUUUCUUUCUUGCCCUGCUUGAUAAUGCUAAGUACUAAUCAACUUGAACAAAAGGCAAGGAAGUUUAUUGGAAUUGCUGAUCA